AUGUUCAAUGAGAUCGAUGGGGACUUUGAUGACGUGGUUGUGAGGACUUUUAAGGUCGGCCUGCCCAUCGAGCAUGAUAUGAGAAAGUCUUUAACCAAGAAGCUGCUAGCACAUCAAGUCUUAGAGAAGAUCAAGAAUGAGCCAUACUUCAAAUGGCCAAACAAGAUGGGAGGAGACCCCAUGAGGCGCAACCAAAGUCUUCAUUGCCAGUACCAUCAAGAACAAGGGCAUACCACCGAAGACUGUAGAACUAUAUGGAAUCAUCUGGAGCAAUUGGUCAGAGAUGGAAGGUUACAACAAUUUUUGUAUCAGCCUAAUGGGCAAAGAGACCACGUAGGAUCGAGGGCUCAAAGGAAUGCUUCUUCAAGGCCCCCUUUGGGCACAAUUAAUGCCAUCUUUGCUACUCUUAGGAGAACUGGUUCUCAUCCUUCCAGGGUGAUGUCUGUAGCUUGGCCACCCGCCGAGGACUCUAAUUCUGAGCCAAAGAGGCCACACGAUGAUGUUUUAGUGGUCACCUUCAGGAUAGAAGAGUAUGAUGUGAAGAGGGUAUUGGCAAACCAGGGCAGCAAUGCAAAGAUCAUAUAUCCUAAUCUAUACGAGGGGUUGAGGUUGAAACUUGAGGACUUGGCACCUUAUGAUUCACCCUUGGUAAGCUUUAAUGGGAAAGUUGUGAUUUCACGGGGUCAGAUUAGAUUACCAGUACAGGCAAGGUCUGAAAUGGUGGAGGUGGACUUCAUUAUAGUAGAUGCUUAUUCCCCUUACACUGCUAUUGUGGCAAGGCCCUUGCUCCAUUUCUUGUGA